AUGCUUUCUAAGAUCUCUUUGGUAGCUCUCACGGGCUUCCUGCUCUCUCCCGCGGCAGCAGGGCCAGUCAAUGGCAAUGACCACUCUCCUGCCAGCAAGAGAAGCCCUCUGGGGAUCAGUCUGCCCCCUCUGAUUCCUUCUAUUCCGGGAGUCACCGAGCCUCUGGCAUCCAAUGCCCCUCCUCUCCCCAUUCUUCAAAUCCCAACGCCUCCUCUCGAGAGUCCUCCUUUCACCGGCGCCAACAUCAAGCCAAAGAAGAUUGGCUACUUCUGGACUGGAGCUGGUGACAACAUCCAUAAGGACUUCUUGGUCACUGCCAGUUUGGACGAUGACACUUUCGGCCAGAUUAUUGCUCUCACCGAUGUGCCCACAAGCGGCAACUCUCCUCACCACCUGGGUAGCUCUCUCGAUGGCAAGACACUCAUUGGAGGCGGUUUACUGUCUCUGCUUAAGACUCAGGACACGGCCUUCUACUUUGAUGUCUCUAACCCCUACGCUCCCAAAUUCAAGAAGUCUAACCGAGCUCUGCUGAGUUCCAUCGUCGACGAAAUCCGCGCCAAGCCAGAGGGUGGCUUCUUCAUUACGUACAUGGGCAGUGCUGUUGGAACGUCUCCCGGCCGUCUGGUCGAGACCAACGCAGAGGGUGAUAUUAUCCAUGAGUGGCCGGAGGAUGUCGCUGGAACACUCAACAUUCUCGGCGAGCAGUUCAGUCCUCACGGCCUGGCUGUGGAUUUCAACAAGGGAAUUAUCUUGACUUCGGACUUCGUCGUGCCUAUCACAAUUCUUAAGCCGACGUUGGGAAUCCAGAAAGCAAGCACCCUUCGCCUGUGGAACUUGUCCGACAGAACAAUCAUCUCGACCAUUACGAUCCCUGCUGGCUUGGGCAUUCAAGAUGUCAAGUUCAUCCCGGGCAACCCCGAAGGCGCUGCUAUUGCCACCGCUCAAGGCGUUGCUGAGCUGCUCUUCGACCUGGGCUCCAAAGCCAAGGACUCGUUGGCUAUCUACUCUGACAUUACCGAUGACGGCAAAUUCGCAUACUUCACCAUCACUCUGGGCAACCACGUUGCAGCACUCGACAUCUCCGACCUGAACAACGUCAAGAGACUGGAUGACCCCAACGAGACGCAGCCAAUCAUUGGACCUCACUACGUCAAGAUCAGCCCGGAUAAGAAGAACUUGCUUGUCACCGGAUACUUCGUGCAGGGCGGUGAUAUUUCUAUUGUCAACACACCUGGAGAUUACAAGGGUCAUUGGCUCGACAUUCUCCCCGACGGAAGCCUUAGCUUCAACCGGUCAAUCGACUUUGAGAGCAUCUUCACCCGCGACCGUGGCGGUGCUCGACCUCACUCAUCGGUCAUCUUCGAUUUGACCGACCCCAAGAACCCCAAGUAUUACUAG